GCUAAACGGAAGGUAAACAAACCGUUGUGGAGAACUUCGUGCUUAGCUGCAAGCUAAAGUGCUUUAAACCCUUUGAGUGUUUGUUGGGUUUGUUUUAAGUUCAUCCGGGAGUCAUGAACAGCUUCCAGGCCGCCAGCCCUCCGCUCUCUGCUGCUGUGACCCAGAUGUUCAACACGCUGGAGUCGGCUGCAGAACAAAUGAUGGUGCACAGAGACUUCCAAGCGGCUUUUGACACAUGUCUCAGCGGUCUGGAGAGUCUCGCCGGCCUGGAGCCCGAGGACAGCAGAUGUGCAGAGCUCAAGGCUGGUUUCUGCAUCUUAGGGAUUCAGGCUCUGGCUGAGCUCAAUCAGUGGCGUGAUAUCCUCUGCUGGGUUCUGCAACAGUAUGAGCAGGAGAAAAUACCAGUGAAGAUCAUGCAGAUGUGUAUACUUCUUUACUCCAAGGUGGGUGAGCCUGCUGUAAUGCAGGAGGUGACCAGAGCCUGGUUACACUACCCGUCCAACAGCAGGGCGACUAGCUUCGGGACGGUGGCAGAGCUGUACCUGCUGCAUGUCCUUGUGCCGCUGGGAGAGGCAGACGAGGCUCGGGAGCUGAUCAGAGGCGAGGUUUUUAGCAGCGCCUUCACAGAAGAACACAGACAGACAGCGCUGGAUAUCAUAGAAGAAAAAGAGCGACAAAAUCAAGACCCUCCUCUAAAUCCCAGGAUGAGUGGAAGCUCUGACGUCACCGAACAUCCUGUCUCAUCCCAAGGUACUUUAGUCCAUAAACUUGAGGCUGUGAUCAGGUUUUUAUACCGAAAACUCCUGAUGAUUGGCUCUGGCUCAUUCCCUUUCCGGAGAAUCUUUCUGACUGCCAUCCUCCUCUACAUGCUGUUUUUUCGGAUGGAUCCAGGUUGGGUGAAACGUUCUUUAGUUCUGCUGGUACGUCAUCGUCUUUUAGAAGUUAAAAUAAAAGUGACUGUAAAUGCGUUUCUGUUGUGCUUUUUUUACCUGCAGCUCUCCCGUCUGCGUUCAUGUGGAUUUCUAAACUUCUGCAGCUGCUCAAACAGAUGUGGAACGCCAUGUUUGCACCGUAUUAUCAGGCAGUCGCUCAGAGCAAAGGACUGUAGAGGAUUGAAUAUGCUUGGUCUAUCAUUUUAAAUGAAUUCUCUAAGGACUGUUUGUAAGACAACAUGGAUGAUAUUCACGUCAGAUCUAUAAAACAUUUAAAGUACUCAUUCCAGGAAUACUUGCAUUUUUUUUAAGCUGCAGACUCUUCAGCUCACAUGACAGCUUCCCAUGAAUUCUGCCCAGCUCCUCACUAAUACAUCCUUUGUUUGUCCAUCUCAAAUCAACAAAUGAGUCAUCAAGAGUCUGAUGUGGUUUUUUUUUCCAUUCCUUUUUUAAGUCUGGGAAGUGACUCACUGUUCUGGUUCAGAGUACCUAGAAUGAUGAAUAGGGGUAAGGAAACAGUUGCAGUCAGUGUAUCACUGUAGGAAUAUGAAAUUUGUUAAAUGAUUAUAACAAUAGUUAUAAUAGUCAGUUUAAGUUGUGUAUACUGCAAUGUGCUGAGGUCCUGUGGCUGCAAAACAAGCCUAAACCAUGACCCCUCUGCCACUGUGCAUGACACAGGGUGUUUGUCCUGAUCUGUGUCUGGUUGUCAACAAAUGUGGUGCUCUGCAUUACAGCCAAACAUUGCUUUGGUCUCGUCUCUCCAAAGGACAUUUCUAGAAGUGUUGCAUUUGACAUGCUAACUGAGGCCGGUAGAGUCUGGGAUGUAGUUGUUUGCACGUCCAAGAUCAUGCACUGGGUCUGGAAUUUGCUGGGACGUUUACUCCUGAGAAGACUGGCGACCGCUUUGAAUGUUUUCCAGUUGUGAAUAAUUGUUCUCACUGCAAAAUGAUGCACUUCAGAUUGUUUGGAAAUGACCCAAUAACCUUUUCCAGAUCGAUGGGAAGCUGCAGUUACUUUUUUAACUCGUUCCUCCACAAUUACGACAUUUGACAACAACGUUAAUAGGUGUGAAAGGUGGACAGAGAUGACUUUUUCCUCCUUGGCGCUGUGUUAACACACCAGAAUGCUCCAUUCUAGCAAACUGCCAAAACCUCAGCUUUUAUAGAAGUGGUCAUGAUCAAUUAAUCAAGUGCAUUAUCAACAUGUUACCCUCUUAAUUCAAAUGGAAGCUGUCAGAUUGUACUUAGUUUUUCACAGGAUUGGAUCUCAAGAAAAUGUACUUUCAAUGUCAAAGUGAAGAUAUUUGUUUUGCAUUUAAGUGUCCCUGUGACUGUUCUUAUGUAUUAUUUUAUUGAUAAUUCUCAUAAAUGAACCUUAAAAUUU